AUGCUUUUCACCAACUCAGCCGCCGUGCUCGCCCUGGUUGGCCUCGCCGCCGCGGCCCCCGCCAAGCAGGAGCCCAGAAUGCUCUCUCACGAUGACGUCCUCCUGCCCCGUGCCGAUGGUGGCUAUGACGUGAUGAAGGACUGGGAGUGGACCGACAUUGAGCGCCGCAUGGAGAAGCAGGCCCGCGAGCGCGCCGAGGAGGAGAAGCGCGCCGCGCUGGCCGGCGAGACCGUUCCCGCCGGUGCCAGCGUCGGGUACGCGUCCAACCUCGAGCGCCGCUGCGACGAGACCACCGAGGUGCAGGUCCUCACCGACACCACAUUCACCAACUGGGACGUCGCCAUGUCUCCCGUCAUCGGUGCCACUGGUGGCCAGGCCUCCGUCGCCGUCACCAAGGGCUACUCCAUCGCCAACUCCAUCACUGUGGGCGGCGGCGCCGAAUACACGGUCCAGAAGGACAUCUUCUCUGUCAGCAUGAAGGUCGACUACUCGCACUCCUGGACCACCUCGGACACGCAGACCUUCACCUACUUCGUGUCCCCCGGCCAGUACGGCGUGGUUGUCAGCAACCCAUACACCCGCAGGAUCACGGGCAACUUUGUCUCAGGCUGCACCGACGGUCCCAGCUACGAGCCAUACACCUCUGACUCCUACGAGGACCAGAACUACUCCGGCAUGUCGUGGGUCGCAGGCCCCAUCAGGCUGUGCAACAGCACCUCCUACCCCAUCCCCUACUGUGUCGGAACUGGCAAGCACACCUAA